AUGGCACAGUAUAUAAAGCCUCAUCAUCUUUUUCACUCUGUUUUAUUUCUCUCAUUACUUCCAUCCAUUCUUACAACACUAGCUGAAACAAGACGAGAGGGAGAAGCUCUUGUGAAAUGGAAGAAUAGCCUAGCCCCGUCUUCUUUUCUCGAUACUUGGUCACUAACCAAUCUCGAUGAUCUUUGCAACUGGACUGGCAUUACUUGUAACUCUGCAGGUUCAGUCUCUGAGAUUAACCUUAAACAAAAACAACUCAGUGGAACGAUUUCUGAGUUUGGUUUCACUUCAUUUCCAAAUCUCAACAAUCUGAACAUAGCACGAAACAACUUUUACGGUCCAAUACCACCAGCCAUUAAGAAUUUGACACAGCUUCAAUACCUUGAUUUAAGCUUUAAUCAUCUCAACGGUUCCAUCCCGUACCAGGUUAGCCAUCUUCAGAAAUUACAAAUCUUACACCUGUCGCAUAAUGAAUUGCAAGCUCCAAAUUGGUCCAAUUUCUCUUCCAUGCCUUUUUUGCGCAUCCUCGGCCUCGGCAGCAAUAAUCUGGAGUCAGAAUUCCCAGAAUUUAUAUCCAACUCUCAUGGCCUCACUUUCCUUGACCUUUCUUUUAACAAGUUUACAGGUGAUCUUGUGCAUGAAUCAAUUUUUACCGAUCUACGUAAUCUCGAAAACCUCCAUCUUGCUAAAAAUUACUUUGAGGGGCCGAUUCUACCUAGUAUAUUUAAGCUUUCCAAUUUAAAAAUUCUUGAACUAUCAGGUAAUAAAUUUUCUGGUUCUAUUUCCAACUAUAUAGGUUUGCUUUCGGAGCUUGAGACCCUCUAUCUUGACUUCAAUUUUUUUGAAGGACCAAUUCCACCAAAUAUAUUCAACCUUUCUAAACUAAAAAUUCUUGAACUAACAGGUAAUAACUUUUCAGGUCCUGUUUCUAAUGAUAUAAGUUUGCUUUCCGAGCUUGAAAACCUCAAUCUUGCCUUAAAUUCUUUUGAUGGGCCUUUUCCAUCAAAUAUGUUCAACCUAACCAUAUUGAGACAUCUAAAUCUCUAUGGCAAUAAAAAUUUAUUUAAAGGAAGUAUCCCACUGGAUAUCAAAAUAAGUCACAAGGACUAA